UAAAACAAACAGACAAAUCAACCGAUCGAAGCACUCGAACUGUUUUUCUUCAUUAUUUUUAAGUAAUUUGAAUGCAAAUGUGACAAAAUCUCAUAAAAUGCCGUGCGACAGAGUUGACAAUCUGCUGCCUUCGGACGAUGAGUUAGUGCGACGGGAUAAUACGCUACUCGCAUUGUUUAACAAAUAUUCAAUCGACGAGGGUGAAGAUGCUGAACUGGUCGAUUUUGAUUUUUCCCAUAUAAUGGUCGAGGACGAUGAUAAUGCAGCUGGUUCAUCAUUUUCAGAGUCUAGUAGCAUUGAAGGGGAUGAUGCAAAUGACGGCGAUACAGUUAUGGAUGACAUAGCGGAAAAGUUGGAGCCAGUCAUCCAAGAACGGGUCAACGCAUGGCCAGAAAAGGGAAUAAAUUUGCAAUUGAAACGGGUCGAUCCAAGCGUAAGCGUCGAGGAAUGGUUGAAGAAUCAAGAAUCAACGACCACAACGGAAAAGUACAAAAAAGUUGUUGUGAACGAGGAAAAUAAAACGACCACAACAACAAUGAAACAGACUAAAACUACUACACAACGGGCGACAUUCCGUGCAAUCCAGUUUCCCAGACCGAUGGCAUUGAACAAUGUGUAUCACCAGCAAAUUCUUCCGGACAUUGACAAGUGUCCGGAUGACAUCACAGCUACCCAUGAAAAAGCGAAAUAUGAGCACAUCAGCAAGCCGAAUCAUCAGCAGCCGACGUCAAAAGGAAAAGUCAAUAAAAUGCCAGUGACGAUCGAACUUUCGAAACUGCCCAAUGUGAACGUAUCAAAAUUGACCAAACCUAAACAGCCAUACAGUGAGCAAACUGUGGACCAUCCAGCAGAUAGCUUAGUCAUUAAAAAAACGAAACAGCCCACCAAACGACCAGAUCCGCAUCUCGACUCUAACAAAGAACCAAAAACAACGCAAAAUAGUUCUAAAUCAAAAAAGAAAAUUUUACAGCCUGUCGAGUUGCCACCGGUCGUGAUGCAGCCGGUCGAUGAAAAUAAACGUGUCCUCCGCUCGACAUUGAAGAAAAAUGCUGUGCUUCCAGUACGAGAUGAAAGAAGUGUUGAUAAACCGACGAAGACAUUGAGAACUUCGGCAAUACGAGAUGAUAAGGCGUCGAGAACGGUGAUGACCACGGCCAAAAAGAGUGGCUCGCAAAGUAAGGUCAAGAGCAAGAAACAAGAUGAUCUGAUGGAUUCUGAACCGUUGGCGAUCGUGUCACCCGAAAAGACAAACGAUUCGGCUCAUCGUUCCAGAUUGCCGCUAAAGGACAAACAAACAAACCGAAGAGAAACUCAUCUAUCCAAUGUACGAGUCAAUCUAACGAGACUACCAUGUCCCAAAGUGACUACGACCGCUAAUCGGUCACUUUCUAGCAUUGACGAUCAAGCGAUCGAAAUUCCCGAUAUCCCAACAGUCGGUAUUCGGGGCCGAGGUCGACCACGAAAAGCUUUGAAGGGAAGUGAACGUCAAUUAUCUAGCUAUCAUCAUGUCACAACGAUUGAGAAUACAACAGCAGAGGCAUCAUCUGUGCAACGGCGACCAUUGUUGCCACGAAAAACUCUGAUGAAAAAUCCAUCCCAACCAACAAUUGUCAUUCAUUCGCCCAAUUCGGACACGAUACUCGGCACCAAAAUCGACGAUACGAUGAUGCUAGUGACGCAAAGCGACUACAGAAACAGCAUUCAUGUAAAGUAUGCACGGAACACGAGCGUCUUCAAACGCAAUAUCAUACCGAUAAAUCGACGAAUCCUUUAUCAGCCACCAAUUCACGAUGCAACGGCCGACACGGACAAUGACAGUGAAUGUGAGGAUGUAUUGCUGUCAAGUUAUGUGAACACCGGUCGUUUCGUACAAGUUAAAAUUUAGACCAAGUUCCAGUUUGAAUUGAGUUUUCUGAAGUAAAUAAAUGAAUUUAGCAUAAACAGCAGGAC